UUCUGCAGAUCCUCGUCGACAGAAAUUUGGGUAGAGCCGUUCACCACACCAACAACAGUAACCAGGAUGGCAGUGAUUAAACAGUUCUUCUUCAUGGAUGACAGAUGCAAACCCUGAAGCUAGCUCUUUCGCACAGUUUGCUCGAUAGAAAUAACGGCGCUGCCAAUUUGCUUUCGCAGCUAGCGCAGCCAACUUCACGGCAGACGCACACAGAGCAAAACAGCAAACUAAAAAGAAAUAAAAAAAAUUGUUCUCCUUCAAAGCGCAAUGAAUUCAUCAAAUUUAAAUGAUUUACGGUCGUAUUCACGCCACUGGCUUACUGAGUUUAUUGAGCAAUACCAGGAAGAAGAGUGCUUAUGGCAGCCCAAACAUCAAGACUACAGCAAUCAUGCCGCCAGAAAUUUAGCCUACGAUAAAUUAGUAGAAAAACUCAAAGAGGUCGAACCCAAUCCAGACAGAGCCAUGGUGGUCCGCAAGAUUAAUUCACUAAGAUCGGCAUUUAGGAGAGAAUUUCGCAAAUCGAGCAGCAAAAGCGACUACGAAACGCGACUUUGGUAUUAUGACAAAUUACUUUUUAUAGCAGAGCACAAGCCAAAGCGCAAUGCUGGCGAGUGUAAACCCAAACGUGAGCUACAUAUAAGCUUUGAUGAUGAUGAUUCUAUGGACUAUGAGGACGAAUCGCAUCAUACUACACAGUCGCAUCAUAUUGAAACAAUUGUGGCCACGUCGGGAGAUGAGGGUGAAGAGGUGGUAGGAGAGUCCAAUAGUGUUGUGGUAAGUAGUCAAGGUACGACUAUAAGCACUAUAUCAGUGACUCCAGCGGAUUGUGUUGCAUUGGUCAAGAACGAGCAACAGCAGCAUCAUCAUCAUCACCACCAACAGCAAGAGCUCGAGACCCAUCAGCGUUUGUCAACCGCCGCUCAAUCCGGUACACCUGGCACACAUGCAGUCAAAGUACUUGAGAUUACCUCACUGGACUCGAACUCGCAACGCGAGAUACAACAGGCGGUUAAUUCUCUUGAACAACAUCAGCAACUGCAGCAUCUGCAUCAGGCCAACGGACAUGGACAGCCGGUGUCCACCAUACAAAUAGGACGGGAGCAUUUUCAGCCCUUGUUUAGUGGCACUGCUACCACAGCAUAUACUACAGCGGCGCCCACUCAAUCGCAUCGCCAAGAUGAUGAGUAUGAUGCUAUUGGUGUUAACGUGGCCAGCAAGCUACGCUCCAUUAACCACACGCAACGCAUUAUUGCCGAGAAACUAAUCAGCGAUGUACUCUUUAAUGCUCAGCUAGAUAAUCUCACCGUCGAUUCGGCGUUGACACAAUAAAUACUUUAAG